AUGUCAAACACCAUCCAGAAUUUAGACCCCGCCUUGGCUAGAAGAUUGGCGGAUAUGGAGGCCAUCAUCCAACGAAUCCCAGGAGUCCCGGCCCCAAUCAAGAAAAGUGCAGAGAGCUGUUAUGCUGACUUGCCCUUUGUGGAUGAAAUAGCUUUGUAUGCAAGUAGCAGGAAAUUGGAGAAAAUCUCGGAAGACUUGUACGCCAUUGUCCAAAGACAUGGAGAACCCCUUCGAGACUAUAUUGGACGUUUCAACAAGGAGAAGGUGUCAAUCACUAACUGUAGUGAGCAAACCGCUGUCACCGCUUUUCGCAAGGGUCUAUUGCCCGGCUUGGAUCUUUAUAAGACUCUCACCAAGUACCCGUGCAAGACCAUGGAGGACGUGUUGAUUCAGGCUUGGGCGCAGAUUAAGUGGGAGGAAGACCAAUACAACAUGCAGAGGGUCUUCCCACCCAGUAGACCCGAAAGAGACCACCGGGUAGACAAGAGGUCAGGUCGUGACAGACGUGCUGAACCAUAUCCACCUUAUCGACAAAGCAGAGAAAGGGAUGAGUAUGAUAGGGCACCCGACACACGCCCUCGCGAGAAAGCAAAGAUUCCAGAGUAUGCCCUAUCCAUCUCCCCCGCCGAAGCAGUUGAGGCACUAAGGAACCUGGGCAACAAGGUCAAAUGGCCAGAGAGGAUGAGGGCCCCAGCCGACCAGAGGGACAGAUUGGAAGUGGCCUACCUACUAAAACAAGGCCACCUCACCGAUUACCUAAUCGAGAAGGGCAAGCAGACCCUACAACAAGAAAGGGAUAGACAUGAUGACCAUAGAGAAGCUACACCGCCAAACCCACCAUCUCAUGAAAGAACCGUGAAUGUGAUAUAUGGUGGCUCCGAAGUAAGCGGGGUCACCCACUCCGCAGCAAAGAAGCAUACUCGACAGGCUAAGUCUAACAAGGCGGAAACCAACAUGCCCUGCCAGACCGCUUCAACCCUUCCGACCCAAACAAUCAGUUUUCAUACAACUGAAUCAGACAAGCUUCUUCACCCUCACCAUGAUGCUUUAGGAGAUGGGCUUGAACGAGUCCAAAAUAAUAAAAAAAAGUUCGCGGUCCUUAUAGGCUUCAGUGGUGAGACCAAGACCACGAUGGGGGAGAUUGACCUUCCUGUCUAUGCCGAAGGGGUGAAUCAAUCAACUAAGUUCUUAGUGAUCAACGCCCCUUCCGCAUUCAACGUCAUUUUGGGUCGACCAUGGAUCCAUGAUAUGGAAGCAGUCCCAUCCACCUACCACCAAGUCAUCCGGUUCCCAACUAAAUGGGGCAUCAAGGAGAUCAGGGGCGAGCAAAAAGAUUCAAGAGCAUGCUACCAAACGACCAUGAAGGCAAAGCAAACCACUCAAUAG